AUGGCCUGCAGCGAUUUGGUUCCGGCUCUCGAAACCCGCGCGUCGAGCAUCAGAACGGUGAGCAAUGCUGAGGAAGCAGAAUCUGACGUCGACAAGCUCGAUCUAUCGAAGGAGAAACCCUACUACCCGCAAGUACCUGAGGGGCUGAAGGGUGGUGAAGGGGAGUCUGCCAUUCCAGAGGACAAGAAGGAGGAGGCUCUCGAACAUGCGGAAGAUGAUUGGGCUCAUGAUCCCGAGAACCCUCGCAAUUGGAGUGCCACGAGGAAAUGGAGGAUGACUGCCAUUGUCUCGUUUUAUACGUUUGUCACCCCGCUUGCCAGUUCGAUGAUGGCCCCGGGCUUGCCUGCAAUUGCUGAACACUACGAUGUGACCAGUCCUACAAUCGUAGCCUUGACGCUCAGCGCCUUUCUGUUGACGUUCGCAAUCGGUCCUCUCCUCUUUGGUCCCCUAUCUGAAAUGUAUGGACGCACAUGGAUCUAUCAUAUUUCAAACUUGCUCUUCCUUGCGUUCAACUUGGGUUGCGCAUUCUCGGACACGGUAGAUAUUCUCAUUGGCUUUCGGAUACUAGCUGGUUUUGUAGGCAGCGCACCGAUCGCAUGUGGCGGCGGCACCGUCAGCGAUUUGUUCUCCGAACGAGACCGUGCUUCGGCCAUGGCAGUCUUUUCCUUGGGUCCUCUAAUAGGUCCUGUGGUUGGGCCUAUUGCAGGAGGUUUCAUAACCGAGACGAUUGGCUUCAAGUAUGUCUUCAUCGUGAUUGCUGCUCUGUGUGGUGUGGCAGCCGUCUGCGGGAUACCUCUCCUCCGUGAGACUUACCAUCCCAUCAUCCGUCUGCGCCGUGCGAAGCGCUCCGGGGAUCCCGAAGAGGCCGCCAGGAUGCAUCCGCAUCUUUUGCAGGAGCAUGGGAGCAAAUUGCAUCGGAUCUGGGUGGACAUGAGCAGACCAUUUAUCUUGCUCACGAGAAGCUAUGUGUGCUUCCUCCUUAGCCUGUAUAUGGCCUUGAUGUACGGCAUCUACUACCUGAUGUUCACGACGUUUCCCGAUCUCUUCACGAACGUGUACGGUUUUAAUACAGGCGUAAGUGGACUGGCAUAUAUCGGCCUUGGCCUGGGCUUUAUAUCCUCCACCAUCAUUGGGGCUAGCGUCGCGGACACCGUCUACAAGACGCUGGCAGCGCGGAAUGGCGGUGUAGGAACACCUGAAAUGCGCAUUCCCGCUCUUAUUUUCGGUUCGCUCUUUGUGCCAAUAGGUCUAUUUUGGUAUGGCUGGUCUGCGCAAGCCCACAUUCACUGGAUCAUGCCAGUGAUUGGAUCGGGGAUUUUCGGCUUCGGGAUGAUGACCACUUUUUUGCCAAUCCAGCUAUACCUCGUGGAUGCAUUCACGUUCGCUGCAAGCGCAUUGAGCGCAGCUUCAGUAUUCCGCUCCUUGCUCGGCUUCGCAUUUCCGUUGUUUGGUCAACAGAUGUUUGAUGCUCUGGGUUAUGGUGGAGGAAACUCGCUAUUGGCCGGCUUGGGCAUCGUUAUAGGGAUACCAUUUCCCAUCUGGCUAUACUUUUCCGGCGAACGCAUCAGAGCUAAUAGCUCGCUCACUCGUUAA